AUGUCCAAACUCUACGACGUUCUUAUCAUUGGCGGUGGUCCAGCCGGUCUCUCCAUGGCCUCAACACUCGCCCGCCAAGUCUACUCAGUCCUCAUUCUCGACUCAGGCAUAUAUCGCAACGCCCCUACAAAACACAUGCACAAUGUUCUUGGAUUCGAUCACGUAGAUCCAGCUUCCUUCCGCGCUAAAGCCCGCGAUGAUCUCGAGAAACGCUACCACAGCGUCGAGUUUCAGUCUGCUACGGUAGAUACCGUACGCAAGACGGACGAUGGCAUCUUUGAAGCGGUUGAUAAGGAGGGAAAUGUAUAUAAAGGGAGGAAACUUGGUCUUGGGACUGGUGUGAGGGAUGUUUUUGACGGUUUGCCUGAGGGAUAUGCUGAUUGUUGGGGUCGGGGCAUCUUCCAUUGUCUUUACUGCCAUGGCUUUGAGGAAAGAGGAGCAGAGUCUGUGGGUGUCUUUGCAGGUGGUAUGAUCUCCAACGCCGAUAUGCUCGCCCAUGUAACGCCCAUGGCCAAACGUCUCUCCCAUUCAGUAACAGUCUACACCAACACCAACACCUCCCUCAUCGAGCCUAUUCAAUCCAAGAUCCAUAGCAGUAAAGUCCGCUACGAUGACCGAAAGAUUACUUCUUUCGCGCUUGUGAAUGGUGGACCUUCUGUGAAGAUCACCUUUGAGGAUGGAACGUCCAAGGUAGAAGGGUUUGUUGUCAAUCACCCCAACGUUGUACAAGCGGCGCCUUUCGCAGAGCAAUUAGGUCUCGAGAAAACACCCACGGGGGAUAUUAAAGCCGAAGCGCCUUGGAAUGAGACGAGUUUGAAAGGAUGCUUUGCGUUUGGGGAUGCGGCGACGAUGCUUAGGAGUGUUUUGCAAGCAAUGCAUAUGGGGGGGUUUGCGGCGCUGGGAAUGGCGAUGCAGUUGCAGAAGGAGUUUGAUGAGAAGGAUGAGCUGUGA